AUGGAUCGACAGAAAGUUGAUGCUGAAUCUACUGAUGUUUUAUGUAGAAGUACACCUUUUAUAGAAGAUUCAAAAUCAUAUAAAUCUUCUUUUCCUGUUCAUAUAGCAAAAUGGAAUCCAAUUCAUGAUAGUUUAGUUAUAGCAUCAAAAAAAGGAGAUAUAUGUUUAAGAAGAGGAGGUUAUAAAAAAUCUUGGAAAAUUAAUGUUGAAAGGAUACGUGGUAUUUAUUAUGAAGAAUUAGGUAGCUUACAAAAAGAAUAUGAUCAUGGAACAACACUAGAAUGUAUGGAAUGGUCACCAAAUGGUUUAUAUUUAGCUGUCUCUAUGGCAAAUGGUUAUCUUCACAUUCUUGAUUAUGAAACUGGACAAGUUAGAUAUUCACAAAAAUUUAAUUUUACAAUAACAAAAAUGAAAUGGCAAUGGUACAUAGAAUAUGAUGCACUAAAAAAAUUUAGUCAAAAUUUUUUUGAAUCAUCACAAAUUAAUGUUAGAUUUCCAAAUUUUUACGAGGAAGAAGAAUCUAAUAGAGAAAGGUUUGCUGGUGCUAUGGCUACAAAAGAAUUUUGUACAGAAAGUGUUCCAAAAGAUUUAUUUGGUACUAUACUUUUUGUUGUAACUGAUCAAGAUUUAUUAAUACAUGCUUUAUCAUGUGGAAUUUUUCCAGUAGCUAAAUUUAAAGCACCAUUUGAAAAAUUUGGUAAUUUUGAUUGGACUAGUGCAGUAGUUAAUGAUAUAAAUUAUGAUAUGUCUUCAAGAAUGUUAUUUGUUUCAUAUAGUGGAAUGGCAAUGGCAUACCCUUCAUAUCCUACUGAGGUUGGUGUUCCAGAACCAAAUUCUUUAGAACAGAGUAUGGGUACUAAUACACAUGUAGUAGAAUUUAAGUUAGAUUUUGGUUCAAUAAAUUCAAUACCAUCUAUAUAA